GUGCACCUGAGUCUCAGGUGUCAGAAGAGUUAAACACCGGCGCUUCACAACACCUAAAAGCCAGAUUUGUGAAUUUCAACACAAAGCCCUGUCAUCCCAUGAGACUUGUCACAUCAUGAGAUCACGCAACCUAUUUCUGCUCCUUUACCUACUUGGGAGCUUCUUUGGGGUAUCAAAUGCUCAAAGAAAUGCAACCUGCACUUCAAAUGAAAACUGCAAUCAGGUGCCAGAUUCAACCUCGCACUUCCUCCAAUGUGUGGGUUUGCCAUCGACAGACAAAGGGAGAGACCACAUGCAAAGGCUGAAAGGAAUGCUUGAAGCGACAAUGGAUGUGUACACCUUCAUGAGGUCAAGCAUGAAGGGAGUGCCAAUUCUCAGCCUGCAAGGGAAGCUGGCAUUAAGCCCCAAAGCAGACCCCCUCCAGAACGAAGCCUUGGUCCAGAUGUGGCUGGAGGCCAAGAUGAAACCGCUGCUGAAAUCUGUCACCAAACACUUCCUGUCCUGCCUCAGCACCAUGAACUUCAGCUGCUGCACCUAUCAGACUGUGGUGAGGGAGAUCAGUCACCAUUUUUCUGAGAUGGAUCCAGUCAGACAAAAGUGGAUCUACACAUUCUUCAUGUACCCAUUUCUGUCUGGAGACAGAGUAGCUGGUUGUGUGAGCCGGGGGGAGAGCAGUGAGGAUUGGCUGACAAAGAACUUUGGUGCCUUCAGGGCGAUGGCCCGAAUGAAGGACUUUUCAGCACUGAACAUGGUCUUCAGUGGAUUGGAGGUCCUUCAUCUGCUGACUCCAGCGCAGAAGGCCGAGCUGCUGCUGAGACCUGAAGUUGCAAGUAUAGACAACGGCACCCUAUCCCUGGUCUUCCACAGUUUGUUGACAGGGGGCUCUCAACCUCCCACUACCCUACCCCCUACCAGCCCUGGAAGGGACCACAACUGGAUGACGACUGGAUACCCUCCUUCUUAUAGUCCAAAUCUCACAUAUAUCCCACCGCCUCCACAGAACAGCCUCCAAGAGGUUGCAAAAGGGUUCUCAAUGGUUUUCAGACCAGUUGGAAGCUUCGUACACAACUUUGUGGCCUUCACACAUGGGAGGAACUUGUCAGAAUUAAGAAGCACCACUCUGACCCAGUUUCUGCUCAACUGGACUCUGUCUGAGGUUGCAGACCUCUACCGUCCACAUAAUGCAUCUGUAGCUCCAGAGGCACCAAAGUUUGAUGUGACAAAUGUGGAGGACUGGUACAAGCAGGUCGUGAUGCCAUUGCUACGGAGGUUCCUGCCGAAUGAUGCAGCUUUGAUGCAUCAAAACCUCACACUCGCCUUCCACCAAGUGUACUAUCUGGAUCAUGGUAAAGACACGAAUGAAACAUCCGAAACAGUGGAUGUCUGCAGCAUCAGUCUCGAUAAGAAACCAUGCGGGCUGACUGAUGCCGUGGAAAACGCAGCCAAAGUUUUACACUGUGCUGCUCGUACUAACCUGACAAUGUCUGAGGCGACGAUCAUGAGACUGAUUACAGAGCUGACAGGACGUCUGAACUUACUGAUCCAAGAGCUGUCUAGAGCGAACUUCAGUGAGUUGGCGUCUGACUUCAAGCAGAUCUUUGGCGAGGCCGAGUCUCCGUCUAUGACCCAGGAACAUCUGAAUGACCCAAACUUCAUCAAGCUCUGGUUUCAGAUCAAACUGAUGCCCCUCCUUCCUGCCGUGCCCACGGGUCUCCUGUCUUGCCUCAGCACCAAGAACUUCUCCUGCCCAGUUUACCAAACUAUUGUGGCAGCACUCAGCAAACACAUGAGUUUCAUGGAGGCUGAUUCAAUGCACAGUCAUAACAUCUAUCAGCACUUCAUCUAUUCCUUCCUGCUACAUCACAACACCUCCGAUGCCAAGUGUAUGUCCAAUCACAGCGCAGAAUGGAUGGAAAAAAACGUUGGUUUCUUCUCGAGAUUCGCCCCCAUCACUGAUUUCUACAGGCUCUACCCAAAUUUCUCUGGACUGGAGGUUCUUCACCUGUUAACUCCAAAACAGACAGCAGAGCUGCUGGUGUUGCCUCUUCCUACUCCACCUGAGAAAGACGUUGUCGUCAACCGAGUGUUUGACUUCCUGUUGGUGUCCCCUAAAGACAGGAAAUUUAAGGAGGUCCUGCACUACCUGGUCUCUCUCGCCAAAGAGGUCAAUCCACCCUGUGCCGUCUACAAACACACUUUUGAGAGAUUAUACGGAGCCAUAAAAUCUCUGCCACCAGACCUUGAACCUGUCGCCUGGGCUGGCAUAGAUGACCUGAUAACCAUCGCACCAGAUGAGUGUGUGCCAAACAAUGUCACGUGCCAAGUGACCCAGUACAAUGAUACCAACGUCUGCAGAGGACGUAACAGCUCUGACUAUUACAUUCACAUGAACACAUCUAUGGAAGUUUCCUGCAAUCUUACCCUGGAGACAUAUGCAUGUGCACAGCUGGAAAACUUUACAGCGAAUCAGCUUGCAUCUCUUCUGAGGUGUAAUCUUCCUGGAAAAAGCGACUCUAAAGUGUUGUGGAAGAUUCUGCUGACUAAGCUAUCUAGUGUCUUGGAUCCAGCUCUGGACAUCUUGGCUAACAUGUCCAUGGUUGGUCCAUCAGCGACGGAGAUUUUGGAUGUGACUGGAGAGAUGAGAGUGUUUAUGCUGACUGAUGAGCAGCUGAUGAAUAGCAGUGUCAUUAGGAAGUGGUUCUCCAGUCGUCUGCGCAGGUUCCUGCCAUCUGCAUCAGGAAGGUUCCUGCACUGUCUGAGCAGCAGGAACCUCAGCUGCCACUCAUACCAGCAAAUUGUGCAGAUAUUUAUCCACCAAUUUGACAACAUGACCCUAACACAACAGCAUGUGGUCUUCAAUGAUUUCGUCCUCCGUUUCCUGUCGGGCUCAGGUCAAGGCUGUGUGUCCAACAACAGUGCAGAGUGGCUGAUGAAGAAUCUGGGCCCAUUUUCAAGGAUGUUGUCCCUCAGAGAGCUGCUUGAUCUCAACCCACAUUUCAAGCCUCUGGAGGUCCUACAACUGCUGACUCCAAAACAGACCGCAGAGCUGCUGGUGUUGAUCCAUCCUACUCUUCCAGACAAAGACACCCUCAUAAAUAUGAUCUUUGAUCAUUUUAAUCAGUCUUCUGACAAGAAGAAAUUCACAGACUUCCUCUCCGACCUUGUCAUGGUCCUCCAAAAGGCAAAUCUUUCCUGUUCAUCAUACAAAACACUGUUCAAGAGACUGGACAUGGCCAUGGCUGGAGUUUAUUAUGAUGCAGCAUCAUCCAUCAUUUACACCAAGAUGGUCUUGUCCAAGCACUUACCACUAGGUUGCAUCAUAUACAGUGGAAAGUGCACUGUAACCAUGACAAAUGAAACAGACAUUUGUGCUGGAGUCAACAGCACAAAGCUGCAGCACCGCCUUGACAGCGCACAGAUAGAUGGACACCACUGUUACCAUUCUGUUGAGGAAUUCGCUUGUGCAUCGCUGUCAGCGUUGAAAGCAGAGGAUCUGGCAGCGACGUUGGCCUGCAAUCGCUCCUAUAACUCCACAAGUUCAAGACCUGUCUGGAAGCUUUUCCUCUCCAAAGCCUCACAUGUGCUGGAUGAAGCUCUGGAUCUUCUAGCCAACAAGACUCUGGACCCCAGAAGUCCUGCAGUUACAGCGAUUUUGGACUCUAUACGAGAAAUCCGCUUGGACGCAUUCAGCCCGGCCAGCUUCAAUAAUCCUGCCGUCAUUCAGUUGUGGUUCAGCCGCCUUCGUCCAUUCUUGCCCGCUGUUUCCCAUGACUUCCUUUCAUGUCUCAUCACAAAGGAUUUGAACUGCAGCACCUACCAGCACAUCGUACAGAUUUUGAGUCAUCUCCAGCCACACAUGACUCUCCAUAUGCAGAUGUCCGUCUACACACACUUCAUUAAGGUUUACUUGACCAUGAAAAAUGCCACAGACCCCGGCUGCAGCUUACACACUAACAACAGUGGCGAAUGGCUGCAGAAGAACCUGGGAGGUUUCUCAGCCCUCGUGUCCUUCUAUGACCUGCGGAUGCUCUAUUCCAACUUUUCGGCGAUGGAAGCUUUACCAUAUCUGACAGUCAGACAGAUAGCUGAUGUGUCCGCCACACCGGGCCAGCUCACCUCUCCUAAGCACGUCACCAUGGUGAUGAAUCACGUUCCCAACCAACACCUUGCUGCCUUCUUUGACGACUUCUCACCUGCUAUCAUGGGUCAAGAAAACAAGUUCCCUCCUCUAGUGAGGUCAGCCUUCUUACAAGUUGUGUUUGAUCGUGCAAACCUCUCCGAUCACUCAGUGGAUGACUCAGAUGUGUCGCUUUGGCUCCGCACCCGACUCCGCCCUCUGCUGGUUAACCUGUCACCGCUCCAUGUGGCACCGUUCUUCGCCAUCCUGGCGGGAAGAAACUGCAGUAUCGGGCAGCAGGGAGUCCAAGACCUGAAUUCAACAAUCUUCUCGCUCAGUGAAGUUACACAGAAUGAAAUCCACAAUCACAUCAUUCAGAGUCUCAGAGGACCAGUACCUCUCCGCUGCUACGGUGACAACUACAACCACAGUUUCUACAGUUUCUUGGAGAGCUCAUUCUUGGAUUUCCAGUUCCCGAACCUGACCACCUUCCUGUCCCUCAUGCCUCACAACAAAAUGCAUCAGCUGGUGAACUCGAUGCCUCCAUCACAUCUUGGGAAUUUCCUCCGUCGCCCUGACGUUGUCAACAACGAUGCAGAGCUCUGUGUGCUCUACAACAACUACAUGCAGAUACCGGUGUUCCUGGAGACUGAGUCUCUCCCGGCGAAAGUGCGGCGGUCCACGCUGCCUUGUGUCUGGCCGAGGGCUCUCAGCAGCUCUGAGAGGUCAGAGGUCAACGCUUGGUUUGACCAACGUCUCCAAAACUACUUGGUCUUCCUCACUAAGAGUCUGAUCAGCCCCGACAGCACAUACAACGCCUCCUGUCUGGCCUUCCAAAAGCUUGUUUCAGUUCUUGGUGAACACAACUACACUGCUGCAGACUUUAUGAGGCAAGACGUGUUCAGCACCAUCCGGACCUACCUCACCUCAGCGACCGUGCCGAGAUGUUACAAUGCCAGUGACCCAGAGCUGAACUCCACAGCCUGGUUUGCUGAGUACAUCGGUCCCUUCAUGCCUUUCCUCAUUCUCGAGGACCUUCAGGCGUUUGGAUCUGCCGAGGUGCUCAAGGUGUUCACAGUGAACCCUCUGAACAUCGCCCUCCUAAACCACUCCGCCUUACCUCUCAACCUCACCAACUACUACACUGAGCUCGUUUAUCAACAGGACAGCAACUUCAACCCAUUACUUCUUCCACUGUUGUGUCGGUGUGUCGCUCCUGGUCUGGCAUUCAGCCAGUUGGAUGCAAAUGAAAGUAUGAUAGUUCUGCACAACCUGACCACUCUCUGUACAGACCUGGACCCACAGAUUUCUGCAGCUUUGGCGGCUAACUUUGGUGAUCAAAUCGAUGCCACAACCAUUACUUCCCUCGGCAAUGAAAGCACUGGUUUGUCCACUGGUCAGAUCAAGUCGAUAAAGCCUCAGGACCUGCUUGCUGCCCUUGGCACGCUGAGCAGUGUGACAGGCUGGAAUGGCGGUCAGGCAAAGGCCAUUAUCCUGUCUUUGAUAUCUUCAGGCAUGAUGCAGAUCAGCAGCGCUUCAUCGCUGUUUCAGCUCGGCUCUCUUGUUGUGGGAAUACCCACAUCAACGUUCACCAAUGUCAAUGGCUCCCAGCUGCUCACUGCCUCCAAAAAUCCUUCAUUUCUGCAACACUUGAUGUUGGCUCCACAGAUCAUCCAGCAGACGUUUGUUACUCAGAUCAUAUCAGUGAACAGCAACAGUGAGACGAUCAUAAAGAACAUUCCAGACGAUUUGGCCACUGAGAUUCCUCGAGUCCUGCUGCUGGGCUUCUCGAAUGACACCACCGUGAUCACCACGCUCAACAAGAAGAAAUGGAAAAAGCAGCAGGCUGAGUUAUUCUUUGAUGUGGUCGCAGUGGAAAGUGCAACCACGACACUUGGGAGUGCAAACAAUUUGUCAUCCUCAGUCCUGCAAGGGUUUACAUGCACCGGAGUGAGAACCAUUAAAAAGGUACAGAUCAAGAAGCUGAUCAAAGCGUGUCGAAGGAAAGGAAAGAAGAAGGUCAAACUGGUGGAAACUCAGUUGACCUGCAUGUACAACUACAUCAGAAUCGAAUCAGACGCCACAAGCUUCGACCUCUAUCCCCCGGACAUGCUGCUGUACUAUGAUUAUUCCCUGGUGCCACAGGCCAGCUGCAAGUCUUAUUUUGAACAGAUAGGGGAUGCAGACUUCUCCAUCUUCUCCUCCACUCUCAACUACAAACUAACCAGUCUGUUUGCUAACGCCAGGAGCUGCCUGGGUAUAACAAACACAAGUUUGACUGAGGAUAAUAUAUCAGUAUUGGGAAACAUGUGCUGCAUUCUGGGUGGUUUCUACAUUGAGAACUCUGACACGUCCAUCUUGGAAACACUCAAGACCUGCCCAGAUCUCACAAACACUCAGGUGGCUGCUGUUGAAGCUCGUCUACAGAGCGGGAAAACACAGUACGGCGCUCCAUCAACGUGGAAUCUACAGACGUUGAAGGACCUCGACAUGUUACCGCUGUAUUUGACUUCAAGCUUCUAUGAUAACUUUGACAAAAAAACGAAACGAGAGUUCUUGAAAUACUUCCUGAAAGUUCUUAGGGGAAAUGGAGUGGGCAAGAAGAAGAAGAGGAGUCUGAAGAAAGAAAUAAGAAAGUCCAUUAGAAAGAGGUCAACUCGAUCUAUCGAAAAUGAAUGCACUGUGGGAAAGAUCACCCAGGUGAUCAUCAGCGAUGAGGUGUUCCCCUUCGACUACGACGACAUAAACCAGUUCAACUGCUGCCUCAGUGCCACCAUCGUUAAAAACAACCUGGCCUCCAUUACUGACAAGGUGGACCAGGAGGAAUACCUCACCAUUGUUCUCAGCAAGCUGAGAGAGGCUUAUGGUGCCAACUCGACCAUCCCAGAAAGUCAGGUUCAGCUCUUAGGCCCAGCGUCCCGUGUGGCCACUACUGAUGACAUCAACUCGUGGACUAUCACUCAGAUCGACACGCUCUCUGCUCUGAUGGACUCAUCCAACGGGCAGUGGGACCCAAGCCUGGCUAAAGCCAUCGUCACUAAGUAUCUGAGUCAGGAAGGAAACAAACUGGGCAGUGCUGAACUCAACGCCAUCGGAGGAACCAACCUGUGCUCACUGGAUGUCGAUGUUUUGAGGAGCAUUUCCCAACAAAGCCUCAAAGACGCCGAAGCCCUGAUUCUGUCCAACUGCACCACAGAGAAACACAAAGCGCUCUUCACCAUCGCCAGACAAGCUUUUGGCACAGACACACGUGCUACAACUAUCUCCACUAAAAGCUACCAGCUCACGUCAAGUUACCUUCCGGGUGCAACUUUGGACUAUGUCCGAAGUUUGUCAGCCUCCGAUGUCAACAUGGACAUGGCUACUUUCACCAGCCUGGAUGAGAACGUUGUACUGGAUCUGACUGUUAAUGAAGUUAAAAACCUUCUUGGCACUAACUUGCCAGAUCUGAAGUCCUAUGAAGAGCAAACACUGGUACAGAAAUGGAUCCGCUCACAGUACCAAUCAGAGCUUAACACACUGGGAAUAGGGCUUCAGGGAGGCAGGGCUGACCCCGCCACUACUACUACUGCACCCACCGUUGCCACCGUCGCCCCCGUCACCACAUCACUGACUACUGCUGGAUCUGGAACAGGAACUACUGCCACCACAGGUAAUGGAUCGCGUAUCCGGGCAGAUCCCGGCUUCUCCGUUCUUGUUCUCCUUUCGCUCCUCAUCGCUUCUCUGCACUUUCUCGUAUGAAGAAACACAUUGGUUAUUGUAACUGAUGAAGAUAUAUUCACUAAUAUACUCUUAAAGAGAUAUGUGACAUGAAAUGGCAACUCUUUACUUGCUUAUUAUUAUGCUUACUAUUGAGAAAAUAUGUAUAGCGAUACAGUGAAGAAUGUGUCCUCGAUUAAUUGAUCCUUCAGUAACAAGCUCUUACAUAUAUUUACUUUGUGUUUUUUUUUCCUGGUGGUUCGUUUUUUUUUAUUAUUAAAAUGAAGGUUUAAUAGAAAAAUGAAGAUGACACUUUCUACUGUAUUUGUGUUGAUGUAAUCCAGCAUAUACAUUGGGAAAUAGCACUUUCUAUAGGCAGCCUGACCUCAAAAAAAUGAAUGGCAUGCCAGAAGCUGUAUUAAAAUAAUAUUAAUAAUAAAUGCACACUGUAUGUAGUCACAGUUUAUUAUUAAUAUUUGAGGUUUUGACAGAGGGUCACAUCAUUUUAAUUUCUACAGUUAAACACAGACAACAAAUUUAGUGACAAUAAUGUUAAUCAUAAUAUUAAUAAUCAUGAAUAUAUGAGCAAGUCUGAGCUGUAAGAAAGUGAACGCCGUCUGUUUCUUCAGUUUAACUUUGUAACAAAUAAUUUAAUUUGAGGCCUGAGCAGACAUGCUGUGUAACGGUGUCAUUACGGUGUCAAAGGUUCAUUCAGGAGGAAACUGCUGUCUGUACUGACGAAUGAGAAGGUUUAGAAGUCGAUUAACCCUUCCAUUGUUUUCUCAAAUAACAAUUUUGUCUAUAAAAUGAAAAGAAAA